UGGGAUGCAAAUGUAUUUUAUUUGUUGCCAAAUUUAGCUAAAAAUUAAAUAGACCAUAUAAUAACAAAUAAAUAAUAAUAAUAAAAUAAAAAGAGAGGGAGGGGGAGGCGAUAGGAUAACAGACACACACACAUACAUAUAUUCACUCCGCCGUCGAAGGCCAAACCCUAAAUCCAUUUCCUCUGACCGCUUCUGCUUCUGCUUCUGCAGCUUUAAGAAAGAAAGGCAUUUGCUUUGUGAGUGUUGUCGAUAUCGAAACCCGAAUCUGAGAGACUUACCGAGUUCGAUCCGAGUGGUGCUCAGCUCGGAUUACAUGUAAAAAGUUUGCUUCUUUUUCUUUUUUAAAUUCCUGCUGUGGAUUCUUAGAUCUAGAAGCUGUGUGUGUUGGAGAUUAGAUUAGGUGGGGAAGAGAUCUUUAGGUUGUAAUAAAAAAAAGGAUGUCGUUCAAGAGUCUGAUACAGGAGAUGCGGGGAGAGCUUGGGAGUAUUUCGAGGAAAGGAUUCGGGUUUGGUAGAUCCAGGUCUCAGCGCGUGGUUCAGGACUCUUGUGUAGUCCCUGUGGAUGCUUUCAAGCAGAGCUGCUGGGCUACGAUGCCCCCUGAGCUCCUCAGGGAUGUCCUCGUGCGGAUCGAGGCUUCCGAAGACACUUGGCCCUCUAGGAAGAAUGUUGUUGCCUGCGCUGGUGUCUGCAGGAACUGGCGUGCUCUCGUCAAAGAGAUCGUCAAAGUUCCUCAACUUUCCUCCAAACUCACUUUCCCAAUCUCCCUCAAACAGCCCGGUCCCAGGGCAUCUUCUUCGCUUCUUCAGUGCUAUAUCAUCCGAAACCGCACCAAUCAAACUUACCAUCUCUACCUCGCCCUUAACCAAGGUAGAGGAUAAAGUCGGGUUACAAUACAGCACAAAACCACAUAAAGAUAAAGAGUGGAAUAAAACUAGCGGUGAGUGUCCCGUCCCCAAUGCUCAUGAGGUAGAUGGUAAGCACAGAAAAGAAUCCACUAACGAUCCUGUUGCAAUCACACACAUAGCGUAGAGCAACUACCCUAUGGACUUGAUCUCCAAAAGGAUGUGUUUGUUGAGAGACUCGCUGCCGCCAAGACGUUUCUUGUAGCUCAAGUUAACUCUAGGUAGUAGAAUUUUACUCUGUUCUUUUACAGAAUUUAAAUUUGAAUCUCUGCGGUUCUUACAUAAUUAUUAUUUUUUUCUGAGAGAUGAAGCACACAAUUAAAGGGGAGGAAACAAGGGCCCUAAAGAGAAUCGGUGGUUGUUUGAAGAUCGUAUUGGUCGAUCAAGUCGAAGAGCUGGUCGCCGAUACCGAAGCCGAGCAUCCUGGCCAUGUCGGAGGUCUUGAGCCUAGGCUUGGGGACAGCGUGACGUUUGAGCCAUGGAUAAACGACAAACACUUUGCUCAUGACGAACAGCUCCAAGGCCUCGGGAUUGAAAACCACACCCAUCCUCAAGCUCAUCUGGUGAGGGACCAGCAUGGCGGCGUAACGAGCAAGCUCCCCGGCUCUCCAGUCAAGCAGGAGAGGAAGCCAAGGGUACAUGGCAUCCAGCCUUACGAACCACAGCCUUAUGUCCGGAUACUCCGAAAGCUCACGCGGAUCCCCUGCGUCUUCUCUCCUGUAAUUGAUCGUGAAUCCGAUGCUCCGAUCCAGAUACUCUCUUGGAUCAGCUAUAUACAUACACACAAAAGAAAAAUCUAAUGCUUCAUUCCAAACA